ACCAUUUAUACCCUUCCAACUCCGUCCAAAUCUCUGCCUUUUCUCGGCAUCCAAGGCGAGUAUGCUUGGGCUGCGGAAGACCUUUCACAUCCGGAGAAAGCGCAAGAACUCGAAUUCUUCCUCCCUCAUAUCAGACGUCACCGAGGACGGUUCGUCGUCUCGAGAAGCCAUGGAAACCAUCCAGAAGGGCUUUUCGGAGCCCUCGCCAGGCUUGACAAAUGGCACCACCAAGGCCCAGUCAGUGGCCAUCUCCGUCAGUGUCAAGGAGCUCUCCGAUGUCGAGAGCGAGACCAAGACCACGGUGGCAUCCUCACAAUCCUCGCCCAUCUCCAGAGCAGUCCCCGCCGAUGCUCUCACCGUGACUACCCGCCCUGUGUCCCCUCUCAAUGGCUUCACGCGAGUGAGAAAGGUUACCGGGGAUGUUGUGGAGUACAUCUGCAAGCUCCCUGGCUACAAUCCGUCCUUCGUGAAGGAGAUGGACUUGCGCUCCUAUCUCCAAUUCAUUUCAGAUGAGCGCCUAAUCAACAUGCCCCGAAGGGGAAGUGACUGGGACCGCGUCCUCAGCACUGCCCAGUUCUUCGGACUCCAAAUCUGGUUCUUCGGAGCCAAGAUUGAGACCUUUGCAUCUGGGUCUCAGGAUGCCGCUGCUGCAGCGUUGGCAAGCUGCCAAGUCUUGCUUGAUAUCGGCCAUGGACAGGCCAAGGCCCUCGUUCCGACCUUCACUGCCCUCUACGAAUUGGCUUUGCUGCUCUCCAACAUCCGUCAGAUCCGAGACCUAGAGCGCAUGCCCCAGAGCAUCAAGCAAAAGGCUGCAGACAUCUUCUGUGAUAUGAUCCACCUCGUCGGUCACAUCGCUUCGCACUACAAGCACAGAAUCAGCGGCCUCAAGGCUGGCCAGACCACCACCAUCAGCUUUGAUAGCGCCUUUGGCCUCCAGAUUGAUAAUGUCUGGCAGUCCAAGAACGCUCUGUGCGACCACGUCUGGUCUCACAGGCUCGGCGACCAAGGGUCCCAUCUCAGAUGGCUGACCGAGAAGCUUCAGCCUUCGUUUGGGCCUUCCAUCAGGAACACUGUGUAUGACGAGGUGCUGGAGCAGCUCGACCGCUCUGAGGACACCUGCAGCUGGAUCAAGGAUACCUUGGUUCAGUUCUUUGACAGCAAUGAGCAGGUGCUCAGCAUCACUGGUUCUAAAGGCGUUGGCAAGACUGUGCUCGCUGAAUGGGUUCAAGAGAGGCUAGCUCGCCCCCUCGACCACAGGUCUUAUGCCGUUCUGACCUACAACUUCCCUUAUGACUCGGUCAAGGAGGCCACCUCUAUGGCUUUUGUGAAGAGUAUCCUCUUCCAGUUGCUCGAGCGCAACGUCGGCGAUGUUGUACUCUACGGCGAGCUUGUCCGAGCCUUCCGCGAAGACUCCAAGCGCCACGACGCUGGCAAGCUCGAAGACGCUCUUUGGCAGAUUCUUCAUUCCAGCCUCAAGGCGUCGGAGCAUGGCGAUGCAUCCAUCGUCAUCAUGACUGAUGGCUGUGAUGAUACAUCUAUCGGUGCCGACAAGGCGCUCGGCUUCCACAAGAAGCUGCGAGAGUGCGUGUCCAAGCUGUCGCGCACCAGGGUCAUCACCUUCUCCCGGCCCAUCUCGCACCUGAGCGACAAGUGCAAGCAUCUCUCCAUCACCAAGGCGCACGUCAACGAUGAUAUCAGAGUCCACCUUCGCCAGACUCUCUCCGGGUGUUACCACGGAAUGGAGUUCGAAGAGUCCGAGAAGCUCAUGGAUGACCUUGUGGCCAAGGCCAACGGCAACUUCUUGUGGGCAUUCUACGCUGCUCGCCUUUUGGUCAAGGAAGAAUCGUGUGAAUCGUUCCGGGCCGCUGCUAGGUCCAUUUCCCCCGACGUUCCCACCAUCCUCCGCGAUGUUGUGGGCAAGCUGAACCUGAAGCACAACGAGCUCCUGCAGCAUCUCCUGUCCUUCAUGCUCGUCACUUCCGAGCCCUUCUCAGUAGUCGAGGCCGCCGAGCUUCUCGCCACUGAUCUUCACAAGCACGCCAUGGCCGCUUCCGCGGUCAACAUCUUCAAGAUCGUCUCCCAGCAGUGCGGCGACUUGGUCGUCAUCCGCGGCGGCCGGCUGCAUUUCCGCAGCCCCGUCGUCCGCGCGCACAUGCACUCUCUGCUGGGAAAGUCGCUGCUGUCGGCGAAUGACGCCCACUUGCAGCUGACGCUGCGAAUGCUUCUGUAUGCUCGCUUGAACUUGGACAUGGACCAGGAGCUCUUGACCGAGGAGCUUGCGGACGAGGCUGUCGAUGCUGUCCUCAACUCGCAUCGCUUCUUGGGAUAUGUCAUGAGAAACUGGAUGGUUCACUUCCGACUGUCUGGUCUCGUCGACUCAAAGGGCCAUGUCCAGCUCGCCAAGGGCUUCCGCGAGAUCUUCCCCGAGUCUCUCAUGUUCGGUCUGCUCGAGAGAUCAUGCUGGCGCCGACACCACGCUGGCCAGGAGAUGCUCGACCUCCACGAGCUUGCCCUCAAGGUCCGAGAGACUUGCUUCGGCAAGGAGCACAUCACCGUCCUCCAGACCCUCAUCACUCUCGGCCAUGUCCAUGUCACCAUUUCUGACUCUCCCGUUUGCGGAGCUGGUUACUUCUACCGCGCCGUCAAGCUUGGUCAGGUCAUUCUGUCCAGCACCAGCACCAUUGUCGCUGCUUGCACCACUCUUUUCCUGACCUGGACGGAGACCAUUGUCAUCACCAAGCGCACCGAAAUCAUCACUUGUCGUGAGGAGAUGAUUCGUGUCAUGAUCACGAUCUGCAAGCACAGGCACGGUUCCUCCAGCGACGAGGUGAUUUCAUGGUACAGGAUCCUAGCCAAGUUCUACAUUGAUAUCCAUGAAGAGCACCACGCCACGGUCAUCUACAAAGAGCUCUACCAGAUCAUCAUCAUUCGAUUUGGCAAAGGCUCCGGCCCAGCCAAGGAAAUGGGCGCCUUCUUCGGAAACCUGGACAUUGUUCUCAAGGGCCAAGACGCUGAGGAGAACAUCGGAGAGCUGGAGGACCUCAUCUUCGAGACUAGCGAAGAGCUCGAGGUUACUGAUCAGCUUUGCAUUCGCAUGCUGAUUCGACUGGCUCGUUCGUACGUCGUCUGCGGCAAGUUCUACCUCGCCGAGAGGCUUUACCUCAGCCUCUGGCGUCGCAUCUGCAUCAUUUCCCGUGUCAAUGUCAGCCUGGAAGUGCACAUCGCCAGAAUCCAGAUCGCUCUGGCGUACGUCGUGUUCCUGCGCGAGAUGAAGCGUAUCGAGGAGGCUACCACCAUUCUCAUCUGUCUUUGGGCCGAGUACGAGCACCACGUCUGCGAGGUCGAGACCCUCAUCAUCCUGAUCAGAGAGAUUGGAACUGUGUGCAGGUCCUUCGGGCUACUGGACAUUACCAUUUCGAUCCUCAUCAAGGUCUUUGGAUGGUUCAAGGACCACGGCCGACACGAUGAUGACGAGGCUCAGCAAACCACCAUCAUCAUCACCGAGGUGGUGGAAGAAAUCACGGAGACCACCAUCACGGAGAAGACUACGACCACGACCACCACCGAGGUCACGGAGACUAUUGUCAAGGAGAUCUUUGAGAGGCACUUUACCCGCUGCAAGAAGACCACGGUUGACCACGCCUUCUUCUCUUCCUGCAUGGCCCUGAUCGCCAUCUACAUCAAGAACGCAAACUGGGCGCAGGCCGAGAUCAUCAUCACGAGGACUCUCGAGAUCACCUGGAAGGCCAUUCUCACUACCGACGUCAAGAUCACCCUCUGCGAGCAUUGGAUCAAGGAGACCAUCCUCGUAGCCCGUCGCCUGGCCCACUGCCAUCACCGCCGAGGCUUCUUUGAGCAGGCUGAGCACAUCCACCUGCGUAUUUACUACGCCUGCCUGGCCUCCUGCAAGCUCGACGAUGAGGUCCUGGAGGAAGCCAUCUGUGUUCUGGUCGAGUUCUACGAGGAGCACCACCGCCACGAAAAGGUCAUUGAGAUCUACAUCGAAGUCCUGGGCAGAUACCGCAAGCACCUCGGCCACGGCCACCACCUAACCAUCAAGAUGCUGUACAAGCUCGGAGGCCAUUGCCACAUGCUGGGCCACAAGGACGCGUACGAGUACUAUCUCGAGAUUGUCACUAUUCUCAACAAGGGCAUCAAUCACUGCCACCACGACGCGUUCGAGGCUGCCAUGUUCCUCUGCCGCCACUACCACCAUCGCAAGAUGUGGAUUGAGCUGCGCCAAAUCUGCGUGGUUCUCUGGGACACUGUCGUUCACCACCACAGCGAUUGCGUUCUUAGCGAGGAGAUCAUCAUCGAGCUCUACGAGAAGUACGUCUACGUGCUGGAGUUCCAUGCCAAGGUCGAGUUCUCUGUCCUCUACGAGAUCUGUGUCCAGUACAAGAAGGUCGUAACUGUCAUCUGCGGUGGCGACUCGUCGGCCUUUAUCCUGGCACUCAUCGCGCUCGCCGAGAUGUGUGAGAAGCACGAGGAGCACUACCACGAGUCGGUCACCAUCUACGAGGAGGUCAUCAAGCGUACGACGACGACGAAGACGACCACUACUACCGUGACUGAGCGGACUGUCCACACUGUCAAGAAGCGGUUGUCCAGGAUGUACGUUCAAAUCAUCACCACGGGCAAGGGCGGACACGGACACGGCAAGCAUCUGCCUCUCGACCGUGCCAUCCAGGUCUGCAUCGAGACGUACAUGCAUCUCAAGAUCGAGUUGGGCUGCUGGCACGAGUCGACGUUGCUGGUGCUCAGGGACAUUGUCAUCCUGUACCAGAAGAUCGGUACGAAGGAGGCUCACCUGCGCAUCAUUGAGCUGCUGCAGAUCUCCGUCACGGAAAUCAUCACGACGCUGACGGUGACUGUGAGUCUCUUCCACGCCGCCAUCUCGCUGGCUUCCAUCUACGUGCACGCCGGCCUGGUCAAGGAGGGACACGAGCUGCUUCGCCAGUUCCGCCAUCUCAUCAUCUUCCGAGGAGACAUGCCGUGCACCGACAUCACGCUGAAGCUAGACGCCCAUGUCAGCAAAGUCGUCUUCGUGUUCCUGAUUGCGUUCGAGCAGGUGCUCUACGGCGAGGAGUGCGUCACCUCGUACACGGAGAUCAUGGCCAACAUCAUCUUCGAGUCGGUUCUGUACGAGGAGUACACCCGCGUCAUCACGCACGAGACGAACCUGGAGAUCAUCAUGGAGUGCGGCGCCAAGUUGCGGUGCUUCUGGGAGGAGACCAAGCGCCACCAUCUCAUCGUCACGCUCGACGCCAAGCUCUUUGGCAUGUUCAAGAAGAAGUACGAGGUCUACUUCAAGUCCACCAGCGACAAGCACAUCCACAUCUUCUACGUAGCACUGCUGCUCGAGCUCAACAAGGACCGCGGCGCAACCAAGCUGGACUUUGCAACUCUCGCCUGCAAGGCUGGCAACGACCGCGUGAAGCGGCUGCUGGACGAGGGAGACUUCCACUCGGCUCACCAGGUCGCCCACUGCGUCUUCCACUUCGCCAGCGCGCAGAAGCUCUACCACCGGCGCAGCUGCAUCCAGCUCGGCUACAAGCUGGCCGAGUUCAUGGCGGGCAUUGACGUGCCGCACCCGCGACUCCCCAAGGAAGACGCUCUUCACAAGAGCAUGCUGGCGACGUCGCGCGAGAUCAUGGCGAAUGUUCUGGAUGCCUUCCGCGUGGCCAACAUCGACAUCAUCACCCUGCGCUUCGCCGACGUGGCCGGCCUGAUCCGCCUCCUUGGCGCCCAGGGCAACUAUGGCGAGCUGGAGACGGUUCUCGCCCGUCUCUGGCGGUCUCGCGAGGCGGUGCAGAAGACCCGUGGCUGGUCGCCCGAAGUCGUGCUCAACAUUGGCAAGAUGCUGGUGCACGCGCAGUACGCAAACAAGCACGUCAGGGAGGCCAUCGACACGGCCGAGCUCAUCUCUUACAACUUGCGCCGUGGUCGUAGCCGCCUCGAUGAGCAGACUCUCGAUGUGUCUCGACUCCUGGCCAGUCUCUACGCUUCCAGGAACCGUCCAUCCAACGCCAUGGCCGUCCACGAGGCCGUGCUGCGCGAGAUCAGCUCAGCCUUCCACAAGCCCGACGGCAGCGGCGGCUAUCCGGACCGCACUCGUCUCACCGGCGAGGCCAGGCUGCAUCUGGAGCUGCUAAAGGCGGCCCAUCACCAGAUGCAGGGCCAGUGGACCAAGUCGAUCGGCGAGAUCAGCGACCUGUACACCCGCCUCAAGAAGGGCCUGCAGCUCGAGGUCCCGGCGUUCGACCAGUGGGCGAGCAGCGGCGGCGACAAGUCUCUCGAUGGCAAGUAUCUUGCGCCCCGAGAUUGGAAGCUGAAGGGAGACGUCAACGAUUCCGUGGUGUACAAGGGACCGAUUUGCAAACUCCCUGUGGCUGGUGGCUUUGAUGUCAUCCACUCUGCCAGGGAGUGGUGGUUGGUGUAUUGAUGACUUGGACUGGAAAUGGUGUGAAGGUGUAAUGAUCAGCUGUGAAAUGCUUGUAUACGCUCCCUGUAGUAUUCUCCUUUGUCAUGGGUUAUGGGUUUCGGGGUUAUAAUUCGGUAAAAUAAUGGUUCUAUAGUUGGUUAUGUUAAUAUUAAAUGUCAGG